UCGCGCAGGGAACUUUAACACGCUGGAUCCCAAAGUCCGUCUCUCUCACCUGCGCAGUUCGGAGCUGCCAUGGAUUUCGCGGCCGGAUUUACUAUCUUAAUCACACUGCCGAUCUUUCUGCAGACGAACGGCCUUUAUAUCUCCAGUAGCAUAGAUUCCCUGCAGCAUGUUCUGGGGGACUAUGGAUUGGUGAAGCCCGUUCUUACUGAUGCAGAAGGCCGCUUUCUGUCCCAUGCGGUAUCGGUUGGUCCAGCAGAUGGGCAGUUCCGUAGGCGCUGGAGAAGAGAGGCGGCAUCGUCCGACCACGCCCACCAUGAGUCCGGAGGAGGCACGCCUGAGCGACUGUACUACAACGUCACAGUCUUCGGCCGGGAGUUUCACCUGCGUCUGCAUCGCAACACGCGCCUGGUGGCCCCCGGAGCCAAGAUGGAGUGGCAGGAAUCCGACGGCACACACUCCGAGCUUUUGAAGAGCGACUGCAUGUAUGUUGGCGACAUUACAGACAUACAGGGAGCCUCCGUAGCUAUUAGUAACUGUGACGGCCUGGCAGGUAUGAUCAGAACUGAGCAGGAGGAGUUUUUCAUUGAGCCAGUGGAAACGGGACAUCAUGUGAUUGAGCAGGAGGAAGAGGACGGUGGCCGUUCUCACAUUGUGUACCGUUCUGCUGCCGUGAAGAAGCCUCCUGUUAGCCCACUAGCAGCAGAUUUCCACUCCAAAGGUGCUGAUUUGGGCAGACUUUUGGACCUUGAGACUCUGUAUCAGGGUCUUGAACGCAGUAUAAACCAGAGCCGACGAGCCCGCAGACAGCUGCCCGAUCGGGCCUACUACAUUGAGGUUUUGCUGGGGGUGGACGACUCCGUGGUGCAGUUUCACGGGCAGCAGAAUGUGGAGAAGUACCUCCUCACUCUUAUGAACAUCGUGAACGAGAUUUAUCAUGACCAUUCUCUCGGGGCACUUAUAAAUGUGGUGCUAGUUCGGAUUGUUUUGGUCGAUGCCAGAAAAUCCAUGAACCUCAUUGAGCUGGGCAAUCCUUCUCAGAGUCUGGAGAAUGUGUGUCGCUGGGCUUUCGAACAGCAGAGGAAGGACACUAAUGAUAAAGAUUACCAUGAUCACGCCAUCUUUCUCACUCGUCAAGAGUUUGGACCCACAGGGAUGCAGGGUUACGCUCCUGUCACAGGCAUGUGUCACCCCGUACGGAGCUGCACUCUCAACCAUGAGGACGGUUUCUCGUCUGCUUUUGUUGUGGCACAUGAAACCGGCCACGUGUUGGGGAUGGAGCAUGAUGGGCAGGGGAAUCGUUGUGGAGAUGAGGUGCAGAUGGGGAGCAUCAUGGCCCCACUGGUGCAGGCUGCUUUCCACCGCUUCCACUGGUCCCGCUGCAGUCAACAGGAACUGGGCCGCUACCUGCAUUCGUAUGAUUGUCUCCGUGAUGACCCGAUCGAGCCCAAAUGGGAGGAGCUUCCGCACCUGCCCGGGAUGGAUUACUCCAUGCACGAACAAUGUCGCUUUGACUUUGGGGCUGGAUACAUGAUGUGCACAGCGCUGCAAAAGGUGGGGCCAGCAGGAGCCCAGUAUCGCCCCUUUGAUCCCUGUAAGCAGCUUUGGUGUGCUCACCCAGACAACCCCUUCUUCUGCAAGACCAAAAAAGGUCCACCCAUUGAUGGCACUAUAUGCGGUGAUGGGAAGCACUGUUUUAAAGGCCACUGUAUGCAUCUGACUCCAGACAUCAUAAAAAAGGACGGAAACUGGGGGACGUGGAGUGAGCUUGGCGCCUGCUCUCGCCCCUGUGGAAGGGGACUACAGUUUCGCACCCGAGCUUGUGACAAUCCGCUUCCAGCAAACGGUGGACGUUCUUGCGCCGGCCCAAGCUAUCAGUUCCAGAUGUGUAAUACGCAUGAGUGUGAGGACCUGUACCAUGACUACAGAGCUGAGCAAUGUAGCAUGAUGGACAACAAGUUUGAGUACCAGAAUACCUGGCACCACUGGCUGCCUUAUGAACAAUCCGACCCUAAGCAACGCUGCAAAUUGUACUGUCAAUCCAAAGAGACGCGAGCUAUAGUCAACAUGCAGACUCAGGUGGAACCUGGAACACACUGCUCCUACAAAGAUCCCUACAGUGUGUGUGUGUACGGAGACUGUGAGAAAGUGGGCUGUGAUAAUGUGGUAGGAUCAGCUCUACAGGAAGAUAAGUGUGGCGUCUGCGGGGGAGACGGGACCAAGUGCAAGACUCACAAGUUUAACUUCACCUUUGUAGAGAAGAAAGGUGUCAUUAAAGUGCUUGAAGUUCCCAGAGGGGCAAGACAUCUCUUAAUCCAGGAACUUAAUGGAACUACUCACAUUUUAGCUGUCAGGAAUAAAGCGUCAGGUGAUUUCUUUCUCAACGCAUAUGGAGACUACCCAGAGACACGCUCAGUUAUUGAAAAAGGUCUGGAAUGGGAGUAUGAAAAUAAAAACAACAAGGACACCAUUCAAACCAGCGGACCCUUGAAAAAUGAUGUGGUUGUCAUGAUCCGAAUGCAUGGAUCGGCCAAGGUGAAGGUGUCGAUAAAAUACAUCACUGACAGUGACAGACUGAGUGACUGUGCCAAUGAGAAUAACAUGGUCCCUGAUAAUGCGGUGCCAUACUCCUGGGUGGUGAAGAGAUGGACACCCUGUUCCAAGACCUGUGGAGGAGGUAUUCAGAUGACGCGUUAUGGCUGCCGUAAAAACGCAGAGAUGAGGAUGGUCCAUCGCAGAUUCUGUGAGAAACUCAAGCAGCCUCCGCCCCUGUUUAGAGACUGUUACCUGAGCGAGUGUGCUCAGCCCAUCUGGGUGGCUGGAGAGUGGGGUGAAUGCAGUAAGUCUUGUGGGAAGACUGGCACUCAGACACGCUCUGUACGCUGCGUCCAGCCUCUAGCCGACGGCAAGAUCAAAUCCAUCCGCAGCCGUUACUGCAGUGACGAGCGCCCAGAGUCUCGCAGAGACUGUAAUCGCAACCUGUGCCCUGCUGAGUGGAGGCUGGGCCCCUGGUCACAGUGCUCAGUGACGUGUGGUAAUGGUACGCAGGAGAGGCAGGUGCUUUGUCACACCCGUGACAACACCAUUGGACUGUGUCUGGACUCCAAACCAGCUGCAUUAAGACCCUGCAGAAUGGAUCCCUGCCCAAGGAGCACUUCUGACUUCAACAAGCACGGCAACUUCCUGAUACAGUGGUUGUCGCGUCACGACCCCAAAUACCCUGUGCAGAGGAUGUCAAGUAAAGCGUCUCUCUCCAGCCACGUUGUGGCGCUGCGCUGUCUCACCUCUCUCAGCUGGACCUUCCCUCUGUCUAUCUGCCUGGCUUUACAAGGCAAACUCCCCUGA